AAACAUUCGUAUGUUGGAUCUUUAAAAUGAUCAUUAAUGCACCCCUUACAGGGCUGUAUUCAAUCGCCCUCUGUUGACAUUGGAUUCCAUUACAUCAAUCACAAAGACACUCGCUCAGUCGCUGGUCCACUGCUUCGAAGGGCAGAUAUAUUUAACGGAAUUCAAAGCCAGGCCGGCUAACCGAUCAGAAGAAGGGGAUAAAAGAGAGGGGGAGAAACGUCUGAAAGAAACCAUGAGCACUUCGACGCUUGGGUCCCAUGAGCGCACAGGUGAAAAUACUGUCACAAGACAAAUGUCUUCACUCAACUUCAACGGCUACGCCACAUUAAAAAGCGUGGCAGAGUGCAUGUUGGAUGUUACCUUACUCAUGUCUAAUACAACACAACUGGUUGGAGUUCUCGAACAAGGGCCUGAAUUUAAGUAUUACAUUCCUCUUAUUAUCCUGAUUAGUCUCUCUCUUGCACUUCAGAUUGUGAUUUUUUUCCUGCUCGUUUUUAGUGCAAAAACCAAUGUGAAUGAAGUUGACAACCAGCAAACGUUGAGCAAGUGCAACAAAAUUACCAUUAUCCUCGUGGGGGCCAUUCUUCUUAUAAACGUAGUCAUCACUUCACUUGAUACACAGAAGAUAAAUUCUUGACGAUCACAGGAAUCCCAACUCCUACAUCGUGCAGGUGAACCUAAGGUGCAGCAGAAUCUGCAAGAUCAUAGCAGCAUUCCAACCUAACUCUUCCAGAUUUUGUCUGUUGUUUUGUAAUUCACUUUUCAACAAUAAAUUUUGAAUUUUAUUUGGCUAUGUUCAAUUUUGGACUUAGUUUAUGAGAUUAAGAUACACAGCUAAUUAACAUGCAAUGACCAGUAUACCAUUAGAGCAAAUACUCAUGAUCUUAAGCUUUGUGAUUUAACAUCACACCAGCACUGUAUUAGUAUUUAUUAAUCCCAAAGCUUCCCUUGUAAUAGGUAUAGGGAUAAUGGAGUUUCAUUGCUUGAAAUUGACAUUUGCUUUGUUCACACUGAUCUUUUGAAAUCAGGGUAUGUAUUUUUCCAUUCAGCUUGCUUACUGUUAACAGUUUUUGCUCAUGUUAUUGAUAAGCAGUAAAGUAAUUGAGUAAAAUUGAAAUAUGCAUGAGUGUUUUGCAGCGCAAUAUAAAGCAAGGUGUAAUGUUAAAAGGCAACUAAGAUGUUCUACACCUACCCAGAUGUGGUUAGAAUGAAUGUGGAUAAGGGUUAAACGAACAUCCGAACUGCUAAUCAGAUUUUACUUGCGUCUCAUAUAUGAUCUCACAACGUCUGUUUAUUUGUAAAUAAAUUUCUGCCUUUACCUAUUGUUCUGGACAAUGGACAAAGAAAUUUCACAGUCAAACAUACGAAAGUCUGAUUGUAACUUGGACAACACAGU